AUGGGAGAGAUGAACCCAGAAAAUCAACAGGAAAAGUGCUUUAUGAGAGGCCGUUCGGGCCCCGCCCACCCGGAGAGCGACCGCGCCGUGGGCGGGAGUGGGGCGGCGGACUGGCACCCGGGUGGCCUCGCCGUCCAGCGACCGGGCUGCGUCGGGCCGACCCCCACCCGCUGCCAGCCUCGUAACCUGUCAGGCGGUCAGAUCUGGGGGCGCGACCCACACCUUCUGGAAUCCGUGAGGCCCCUGCCCGCAGCGUGUCCAGGUGCCAAGCGAAGCCAAGGAGCGUUGGGAGUCAGGCCCCUGGGGACCCCCAGUUCCAGUUGCACCACUGAAGGACUUCUGCCCUCUGAUGCAGUAAAGCUCUCCAUGGACCAUUUUUAUAAGCAGAUUGUGUCUGGAGAGAAUAGGCGUCCCCUCCCAGGCCGCGGAGCCCGCCAGUACAGUACAUCCAGCUCCCUGGAUGGCCCGUGGAGGAAGACAGUCGUAUCUGAUGCUCACAGCCGCUCACAGCCGGCUUCCUCGGCUCUGACGACUUCACGCCAGCCCUCACCUCACCGCACUGACGUGGCGCUUACCUGUUGGUGUUUCCCACUGUCCGUAAUCCUCCUGACAAUAGGGACUGCCUUCGGUCGGCGUCCCCUCACCCGGCACCACGCCUGGCUUGAUUAGGAGCUCGGAUGGUGUUUGAACAUCAGUGUGGAACGUCACGAGCAUCCUCACGCCUCCUGCCUUCAUCUUCCUCCCCCCCCCCCCGCCCCCCGCCACGGACGCUGACACAGGGAGGGGCGCGUGGCAUUCACUGCCUUAAUGUACCCAAGCCUCCCUCCCCACAGCUGUAAAAUGGGAGUGAUGGGGAGGGAGAUCUCUUAGCCCAGAGCCUGGCACAGAAUAGGCGC